CAUCGACUUGCACGCGACAUCAUCGUCAUCAUCGAUAUCCAUCGUUUUCUGUCUAUGUUUUCGAUCAGAAUUACUCGUACUGUUCAAAUGUUCUCUGGCUUGAGCGCGCCAAGAAUUUCAUCAUGAGAAAACAACAGCGAGAUCGAUUUCUUCUUCCAUCUAAUCUCCAACGACAUUGAAUCAAUUCUUGAUGGUAUCAUCCUUCGGACUUUGAUGAUACACUUUGUUCACUCUUCCAGUCUCCGAAUUGCACCCCGAGCAUCCUUACCAGGCUCACAAGGCUCCUUACGCGUUCGCGCGUCUGUCCUCACACAUCCUUCGUCAGCAGCCAUGGUGGCCAAGCGAAAACGGUCCAUCGCGGCGGCCGCUCCAUCUACAGCUGUUUCUGCAGGACCCGUACCUAGAGGCAUCCCCCGGGGACGCCGCUCAGAGAUUCCGCUGCCUACGGAUAUCGCUGGCCAAGGGCCCCAAUUAUCGCGUCGUCAAUCCACCCGCACGCAGCCCUCUCCGCCGACAAAUCCAAAUGCGAAUCCUGAUGUCUUAGAUGGCGUAUCCGCACUCCGGGCUUCGCCAGACGCCAUCAGUCAUGAUCGCCAGGAACCCGCCCCUGUCCCCAAAUCCCUCAAGGACAAAAAUAACACCGGAGAUGUAGACCUCAAUGGGUAUGCAGGGGAAGCAAAGGACACAUCUGAAAGCGUCGAAAAUGUAACAUCGGAGAUAUUCAAUGGACAGAAACCGUCAGGUACGGGCAAGCCGAUGACAGGGUCUGUCGCCGUCCACCCUUCUACAAAACCCGGUACAACUAAGAGAAAGAAUGCUACGCGGGGUGGUAGUUCUGUUAAUGCCGCGGGUGGAGCGGCCCUCCACUCCUCUCACGAUGCUGUCAAGGUCGAAGAAGAGGACGUGGGGGUGACGAUCGCUCCAGAUUUCAACGAGGAACCGGACGGUGAAAAUGAAGAAGAUGAAGUUAGAGAUGCAUUAUCAAGGCCACCACCGGUCAAUUCCGACUAUCUUCCCCUGCCAUGGAAAGGCCGAUUAGGAUACGCCUGUCUGAAUACCUAUCUUCGCAAUGCUUUCAUCCCAGUGUUUAGCUCCCGUACAUGUCGCAUCGCAAGCAUUAUUGAGCAUAGGCACCCUUUGAAGGACCCAUCCCAGCCUGAGCAUCCCACAAAGAACCGGCCGGACAAGGACCAACCCGCUGACAUCGCUCGUGGUCAAAGAUAUGUCGAACAGCUCGGCCUCGCCAAUGCACGUGAUCUCAUAAAAAUGGUUCGCUGGAACGACAAAUAUGGAAUUAAAUUCAUGCGACUGAGUAGUGAGAUGUUCCCCUUUGCUAGCCAUGAUGUCUAUGGGUACAAACUUGCACCAUUUGCUGCAGAGACUCUAGCCGAAGUAGGCAAGGUGGUUGCCCAGCUAGGCCAUAGGGUAACCACCCACCCCGGCCAGUUCACACAGCUCGGCUCGCCCCGUAAAGAGGUCAUUGAUGCUGCAAUUCGAGAUUUGGAUUAUCACGAUGAGAUGCUAUCGCUAUUGAAACUGCCACCUCAGCAAGACCGCGAUGCUGUCAUGAUCCUUCAUCUAGGCGGUGCGUUUGGAGAUAAGCCUGCCACACUUGAUCGCUUCCGCCAAAAUUAUGCCAGGCUAUCAGAUUCCGUGAAGAGACGGCUUGUUCUUGAGAACGACGACGUAGUUUGGUCCAUGCAUGAGCUAUUACCUCUCUGUCAAGAGCUCAACAUACCAUUUGUCCUUGACUUUCAUCAUCACAACAUUGUAUUUGAUUCUAGCAAGAUUCGCGAGGGGACCAAAGACGUCAUGGACUACUUCCCAGCCAUCAUCGAGACAUGGAAACGCAAGAACAUCACACCAAAGAUGCACUACUCAGAGCCUUGCCCUGAUGCAAUCACUGGUAGGUCGCGAAGGAAGCAUUCUCCUCGUGUAAAGACGCUCCCUCCUUGUCCCGAUACCAUGGACUUGAUGAUCGAGGCGAAGGACAAGGAGCAGGCCGUAUUCGAACUGAUGCGCACAUUCAAGCUCCCCGGGUUCCACUUAUUCAACGACGUUGUCCCGCACGUUCGUCAAGAUGAGAAUAGACCCGUCAAAGCAAAGCCCAAGAAAGCUGCUACAAAAGGCAAGAAGAAAAAGAAGACUGCAGAUGAUGACCUCGACGCCCUCGACGAAAAGAUCGAAGAUGCCGAGGAGGAGGAGAAUGCUCCCGCCGUGAUACCCGAUGAAGAGGUCAGCAUGGGCGGACCUGAGAAUCGAGUCUACUGGCCGCCAGGCCAGGAAGAAUGGCUCAGGCCCCCAAAGAGAGUAAUCAAGAAGAAGGAAGAGGGCACGAGUGCGACGGCGACGACAUCCACGCCGGCAAAGAAGAAGAGGAAGACGGGCGCAUCUGCCGCAUGUGCUAAUCCCGCUGAUGAUGUGUCUAUAGCCGACGAUGAGGAGGUAGUGGAGCCCGUCAAGAAGCCAGCACCUAAACGAUCUGGCGGCAGGUCGGUAAAGAAGAAGGCCCCGAAGUCUGUGCCCACGCCUUCACCGUCUGAGCACGAAGACGACGAUAGCUCUGCGCUCAGCGAUCUUGGCGGGGAUGACGAUGAGGAGGUGGUGGAGCUGGAGGACAGUGCCCCCGCGAAGGCGAAGGCGCGUGCUGCUGGUCGUUCUGCACCGACUCGCCAGAGAUCAGGCCGGGUCGGCAGAGUGAGCUACAAGGAGGAAGACGCGGAGUUGAGCAUCUAACGACGGACCUUUCACACGAUUCAGGAAAUCUAAUAGCAGUGUAUAUUAUAGAAUUA